GUUUUUGGGGGGGGGGGGGGGGGGCUCCUCUCGAUGUGAAUACCUUGGUAGCUUUAAUGUUCAGCGCCUCUGACAACAGCUAAGAAGACAUGUCUGUCCAGGGCUGCUGUCGCGGCGGCAGCAUGACGUGAGAAAGGACUAAGCAGUGGAGUUUUCAUCCCUAUUAAAAAGGGACCCGAGGGAGAACCGCCUUAACUGAGAAGAAGCAUGCGUUUCAUCAUUGACCUCUGAGGAUGAUUGCACAAAGUAAAGCUGAGGAACCUAAUUGUCCUCAGAGGAUCAUGUUGGCUUCCCUGAAUUCUCAAAUUUGACCUGAUCUGAAAGUCCUUCAAUAAUGAUACCUGGAUUGGUUUCCCAAGAGUUACACGAGCAGCUUCUGGACCUGAAGAGUUAUCAAAGUCGCACGAAUGGGGUGGAUGAGCUGAAACGCGUCCUCUCAGAAGUGGAAAUUAAGUCGGUUCCCUGUGAUAGUAUUGAAGAUUUCAUCAAGUUUCUCCCGAGACUGCUGGAUGAUAGUAACUUUAAGGUGCUGUACGGAGCUCUACAGGUUUUGAACUUAUUGAUUGAGAAGCUUGAAAGUAGCGUAGACAGAUAUUUUAAACAUAUAGUUCUAGUAGCCCUCAAAGCCUUAGGAGAUACUCGCACCCUCACCCGGAAUGAAUACCUGAAUGUGUUCCAGCAGCUGAUGAAAACAGUUGAACCUCAACAAGUUUUGGGUCUUGUCAUCGGCAACUUGAAGCACAAGAACUCCAGGGUUCGGGAAGAUGUUCUCAACAUCAUUAUGGCAGCUAUUCUCACUCAUCCGAGGAAGGAUUUUAACAUUCCCAAGCUUUGCUUCGAGGUUGCACCAUACUUGGCAGACAGCAAAAGGAGGGUCCGCCUUGCUGCCCUUGAACUGUUUGCUGUUUUUGAUUCCUGCCUGGACACAGGGAAAAAGCAGGUUCUAAUGAAAGCCGUCGACAUGGUUGAGCAAAAAGAGGACGCAGAGGGUCUCUCAGCAGCCGUACAGGCACGGCGAAUGAGGCACACCCUUCCCAAACUGACUCCAGACGGGACAUUGGAGUAUGGCCUGGUCGUGCCUAAAGUGGGACAGUGGUGCUCAGAGCCACUCGGGUCGGGUGCUGAUCUGGACUGGGUGAUGAACGGAGGGCGAACUAGCAAUGCCAGGAGCCACAGAACCGACCAAGACUCCGACAGACUAUUUGGCUAUGGCAGCCUAGGGUCUCUCACUGACGAUCGGGUUGUCAGUGCGAGUAAAGGGAAAAACAAACUACCCUGGGAAAUGUCAAGGUUCUCUACAUCUGAGAAUGAGCAGCGACAAAGCAGCUGUCCUGACCAAAAGACUUCUGAUCAGGUGCAGGUUGAUGAAUUGACGCUUGUGUCGAGGAAGUCAGAGACCUACAUACCCAGCUUCAGUUCUGCAGAGCCACAGAAGCGUCAGUCUUCCAGGAGGGGGGAGUUUCCCUCCCAACUCAGAAGAAGUGGAAGCCUCAUCUUAGAUACACACAUCUUUGAAUCCACUAACACCUCUAACGAAAGUGUUGCUGCACCCAAAGGACGGGUUCUCUCGAGGAAUCCCAGUGUCGAGCGAACCUUCUCCCUCCCUUCAAACCCCUCCACGCCCGGUUCCUUCCUUCUGCCCUCCUACCCGCUGGCUACACACCCAGUGGGCGCGCUAACUCCAACUCUGCCCCGCCGCCAUGCAGACUCCUCCCUCUCCAUGUCCAACACAUGGCCCAACAAGAGAGAGAACAGCCCUCACCAACGGGACACAAGUCCCUGGAGAGAAACGGCAGGCAAAGUGAAGGGGGAACUCCUCAGUGGACGUUCUCCCAGACCGCUCCGCGCCUCUCUUGUAAGCUCCUGUUCGACUUCUUCAUUUCGGCAAGCUCUAAGCAGCCCCCGAGCAACUUUCUUUAUCUCACCGGUGGUCCCCAAAGUGGAUCAUUCCUUCUCUCUUAAUGGAGAAAGAUCUUAUAAUUCUGGCAGCUUCAUGAACCACCAACCUGACAAGAACGCUCUUCUUGACUCUGAGAACAUCACUACAUGGCAGGGCGAUGCUGUAGACACGCAUGAGAUGCUGAACUCGUUGCGCUCGCUGCGAAACAGCACCGCCAAGAGGAGGGCAGGAGUUGGCCAAGGCAGUCCAGAUCCGGACAGUCCUGACUCGGCUGUGAGGGUGGACGUGCGUUUGAACUCCACUUCCCACUCCACCAAAGCCCUUACAAGCUCAGCUAGUGAGAGUGGCCUUUCCAGUAUGAGCUCGGCCACCAACUCCAGCUUGAAGGGCAUCAAAAGCAGGGAAAAAUCUAUAAUGAAACCUCACGUUGGAAAGGUGCCUUCUGCAUAUCUGAGGUCUUCCAUGUCCAUGGACUUCAGCGGCCUUCAAGUAUCAUUUCAGAGAAAUGAACUAUUAUCUGGGCAGAGAGUCACUCAUUCCAAUGGAACAAUCAACACAGAGCAAGAUCCAAGCCCUCCAUCAGAAUCCAAAAUCCACCACAGUGGCAGGAAUUCACCGGGCACAGAUAUUCCAGAGGGCGUUAUAGGAAGAGGCAUGUUUGAGACCACACUGCUCAACAGUCCAGGAGUUUCCUUUCCACCUGAACAGGGUAGUUCAGCAGCCACCAAGCCUUCAGCACCGAUCUUCAGCAGUCACAUCGACAGCAUGGGCAGCUCGCGUCCUGACGAGGCUAAAGAAAAGGUGAAAAGCAUGAGACUGGGGCGACAUAAAACAAAGUUGCAGCGUUUGGAUCAGCUGGAGGUUCAGUUGACUCAAGGGGACCAAAACAGAGAAAUAAUCCGCCACCGCGUCAGACAGAUGCUGUCAGACUCACCCACAAACGAGAGUAAAGCGUUAAUCAUCAAAGGCCUUCACCUGAAUGACAGCACUCUGACACCCACUAAAGCAGAGUCUCACUCCGAUGACUCGACCAUAAGUCCCUCCAGCCCCCCAGGACCCCAAAGUCCGGCGAAGUGCUUAACUCCACCCCACCAGCCAAGCCCCCCGGCAGAGCCGCCAAACCCAAAAAAUGGGUCUCGUCUAAGAAGGGUCUCCAGUCUCAACAGAACCCGGCUCUCCCAGUCUCACAGUUCAGAUGAGCUGACCCAUACCACGCAUCACAAGAAAAACCCCUCAGAACCUGCAAAUAUGGGGCCAUUCUCAAAGCCAGAGCUGGUUCUGACACAGAGUUUCAACCUGCUGAGUUCUGAAGACUGGGAUAAAAAGAUUGAGGGUCUGAUGCUUCUACGCUCUCUAGCCCUUUAUCACCCUGACACACUACACAGCAAUCUUCAUGAAGUUUGUCUGUGUGUCAUCCAGGAGGUAAAAAACCUGCGAUCAGGUGUGUCCAGGGUGGCUUUGUGUACUCUGGGAGAGCUGUUCACGCACCUGCAGAGGACAAUGGACCUGGAGCUGGAGGGCACAGUCAAAGCUUUACUGCAGAAGGCGGGUGAGAGCAACGCCUUCAUAAGGCAAGACGUGGACGCAGCACUGGACUGCAUGGUGCAGCACUGCACCCCGACUCGAAGCAUCAGCGCGUUACUCUCUGGAGGUCUCAGUCACCUCAGCCCAGUCGUGAGGAAAUGCGCCGCGCAACACCUGGCGAAUCUGGUGAAGAAGGUUGGUGCGGCGCGCCUUCUGUCUGGAGGAAAAAAUCUGACUGAGAGAAUUUUACCGGCUGUCACCAAACUGGCACAAGAUUCUUCCCAGGAUGCAAGGUACUACGGUCGUCAAAUCCUCCUAUUUCUGUCUUCCCACCCUGACUUUGACACGCUCCUGGAGAAAUAUAUCCCCAGCAAGGACCUGCAGACUGUCAGAGACUCUGUCUUCGCUCUCAAGACAAGGGGUCUUGGCGAGACGCCCCAAGACACUCAGUCAGCGAGAGGGAGGCGCUCCCUCCCUGGCAGCGGCACAGCCCGGGCCUCCUCUCUCAACAGAGAGCCGCUCCACCAAAGCAACAGAGAAUCUCGUAGCCAUCCCAGCUGCAGAACUCAGGCAAAAAGUAUUGCAGACAAAACUGAAUACAUCCAACAGAUCUCAGGUCUGCUGGCAUCAAAGGACUUCAAAGACAGGAUUAAGGGCAUUGACCAGCUAGUGGCUGACUGUCAGGACAACCCCAACAUGGUCAUCAACAGCAUGUUCCCGGUGUUUGAUGCCUUAAAAGCCAGACUGCAGGAAUCCAACAGCAAGGUCAACCUUUACGCCUUGGAGUCUUUGCAGAAAAUAAUCCACUUACUGAAGGACAACUUGUCUCAAGUGGUCAACAUCCUGGUCCCAGCAAUAGUGGACAAUCAUCUCAAUUCUAAAAACAACGCCAUCUAUUCGGCUGCUGUCGGAGCAAUUAACGCGCUCAUCUCCAAUCUGGACAACAUGCUCCUCCUCCAGCCUUUCUGCACCAAGGCUCAGUUUUUAAGCGGUAAGGCAAAGGUGGACCUCAUUGAAAAGGUUGCAGAUCUUGUGACGGAGCUCUACCCCCGAAAGCCUCAGACGGUGGAGCAGAAAGUCUUACCUCUACUGUGGCACCUCUUGGGCACCUCCACCCACAGCGGCACCACCAACAGCAGGGGAAGCAAUUUAAGGGGUGCCACUGUCGGCCUGUGCCAAGCCAUGUAUGCGCAGAUGGGACCAAGCCUGAGCGAAUGUGCCGCCUCUCAGCCCGCUAGUGUCCACAAAGAUCUAAACGAGAUCCUGAGAGCAUUACCUUAAGCGGGAAUCUGAACACAAGCAACGGUUCAUCUACAAUGACCUCACCUUAAGACAAGAGAUGCUGGACACUUCCUAUAAUGCCUGCUCCUUUUCCAGUUAAACUCAGCUUGAGUUAUGUUAGAGAUUCAGCAGAAUUGCAGAGGCAUUGUAAAAUAUCAGGUCUUACGCAUACUCAACCUGCUCUUUUUGCACUUUGUAGGUCUUUGUCAUAGCUUUUUCAUCCAUAUGUACUGUUAACAAAUCAGAGUAAUUGCAGAAUGUACAAGUAAAUGCACAAGGUGGGGAAAAAAAGAUGUAUAUUUUGUCGUUUCUCUAAAUUAGCUGUCAUAUUUUUGGAAUGUGUCGUGAAGUUUUUGCAUCCGUGAAAUGAGAUAAACACGAACAAAACUUUGUACGUCCUGAACGUGGAUUUGCACAGUAUUGGUUUGGUCUAUAUAUGCUGUACGAUGGUACUGUUCUAGUUUACCUAUAGUGUGUCGUUAAAGAUGUGCUGAGAUGGUACCAUCUGUUAUUUUGGACGAUCUAAUUAUCGUGCAGAUUUUAAAUAAAAAAAAACAGCAACAA